UACUAAGUCGGCAGCUAACUUUUAGAAUAGGAUGCUUGAUUUUCUAAAUGCGUUGUUUUCGAGAACAUUUCCUACUUACUCCUAGUAUUAACACAGGAAAUGUAGGCGGGAGGGUGGGGUUUAGAUUUUACCAAAUAACCUUAAAACUUUGUUUCACACAUUGAUACAUGUUAAUCUAUCCGUUGCCUGAACGCUUGAUCAUUAACAAUACACUGUUAUUUGAGCUUCAAGCAUUGCCGAACGCAAGGCAAGUCCAUUGCAUUAGUCUGACCGCCGUGUUAAAUCUCUGGGGGCCGGGAAAUACCGCCUUGUUACCUAGGUGAGGUUAGUUUGGUGGAUAAGGCCUAGAAAGUUGGAAACCUCAUCUUGGACUCGCUUGCUCAGCCGUGAGAAUGCAGUCAACCGAAGCUGCCUUCCCCGCAACUUGAAGUUACACUCAACGCACACCGACCACAGCUCCGCUAGCCACUUGGAGUCGUAAAGGCAUUUGCUCACGUCAUGAAUCACUUGGGUAACGACGUCCAUUCGCUGCCGCUGUAGCCCCCAGGCUGCUAAGCGUGGUUGCGCCGGUUGAUUCCAGAUCCUGGUUGCAUGCGCCGUCGCUUGAUGGUGCCGCGAGACGCGCACACUUCAACUGGAUGAUCUGUUGCCAAGGAUCGUCACCACAGGGGUAGUCCUCGGCAAGUCGGGGCCGUGGGACGGGCAUAAAUACGAUGGGCCGGUCCGCGAGCAGCCAUGGAGAAAGGCACUUACAAGCCGUCUCCCUCGGGCAGCCCCCUACUGGAAACAAUGAAGACACAGGCUGGAGUAUGACUAAACUCACUACUCUUGCAGCACUGACAGUGCUCUCUGUCGGUGUGGCCAUUGGCACUUACAACGACCUGCCCGAGCGGAGGCACGAGAUACUGGCUCAAGCUCAGUUUAUCGACCAGAAAGCUUUCAAUGUUCUGCCUUCCGUCCCACCUCCGAGUGAGUUUAACUUAACAAGCGUUUUUGUUCCUCCUGGCUACGACCUUGCUGCUCUCAAGGAAAAGCCCUUCCAUGUCUACGAUGACGAAUUUUAUGAUGUGAUUGGGCCGAACCCAACCUUGACGCUCAUUGCGCGGAGCGAUGUAAAUCCUAUCUUCCAUGAAGCUGUGGUAUGGUAUCCCCCAACCAACGAAGUGUUCUUCGUGCAGAGUGCAGGUAACCCGGCAACUGGCACAGGUCUGAAUAAAUCGGCCAUUAUCCAAAAGAUUAGCCUUGACGAAGCCGAAGCCGUUUCUACAAAGCGAAAUGCGACGGGUGAGGUCAAGGUGCACGUUGUUGACUCCAACCCUACGGUGCUGAACCCCAAUGGAGCGAUAAGAUAUAAGGAUACCAUUCUCUUCGCAGCCGAGGGUAUGGGUGCGGAGAAAACAUCGGACCUUAUAAUGAUGAAUCCUAGAGAACCAUACAACACCACAGUCCUUCUGAAUAACUACUACGGCCGCCAGUUCAACUCUCUAAACGACAUGGCCAUUAACCCGAAGAACAAUGAGUUAUACUUCACAGACCCCGUCUACGGGUUGCUCCAAGACUUCAGGCCAGCGGAAGCACUCCCACACCAGGUUUACCGGUACAACGACAAGACUGGUGCUGUCACAGUUGUUGCUGAUGGAUUCCGCCAACCGAACGGAAUCGUAUUCUCUCCUCGUGGUUCGCAUGCAUACGUCGCCGACACCGGGGCCCAACAAGUCUUUUGGGGCAUCAAUGCAACUUAUCCAGCAACCAUUUAUCGGUUUGAUGUCGCAAAUGACGGCACUUGGUCAAAUCGGAAGACCUUCGCACAUGCCCACACCGGAAUCCCAGAUGGCAUUCACAUUGACACGAAAGGCCGUCUGUAUGCUGGCGUUGGUGAUGGUGUUCACGUCUACAAUACCGCUGGAACCUUGAUCGGCAAGAUAUUCCUGGGCCAAACAUCGGCCAACUUCAACUUCGCCGGGGAUGAUGGCAUGGUCAUCUGUGCCGAGACGGAGCUGUUCUACGCAAAAAUGGCAGUGACUAGCGGUGCACCCACUGGCUCUGUCUAA